UCUACUAGACUCUGGUGCAGAUACAAUGUCUGCUCCGAGUGGCAUCCCUGUCCCGUCUGCACCACCUUCUUAUGAGGAAACAACAGGAAUCAAUGUGGGCUAUCCUCACACCUAUCCUGUCCCAGAACCUGGCCAGAAACCAGAUGGGAAGGGAAUGAACCCUCCCCCAUACCUGGGACAGCCUACACCAGCAAAUAACCCGAUUACAGUUCAGACAGUGUAUGUGCAGCAACCAGUAGUAUUUUAUGACCGCCCAGUUCAGAUGUGCUGCCCUUCCUGUAACCAGAUGAUAGUGACACGUCUCUCAUAUGACUCAGGAGCUUUGACUUGGCUGUCAUGUGGUGGCCUCUGCCUGCUGGGGUGUAUAGCUGGCUGCUGCUUAAUUCCCUUCUGCAUUGAUGCCCUAAAGGAUGUGGAUCACACCUGUCCGAACUGCGGUGCUCUUAUUGGUUCUUACAAACGCUUAUAGGCAGUGUUUAAACAUUGAUAAUUCAUUGAUGAAGUUGGUUAGCACCUCUACAAGCCCUUUCUGAAGUUUCAUGGAGACUUCUGGUUGUUUCUGUGCAUCCUGUCACUGGAAACCAAUCAAAAGUAAUGUUUAUUGCUAAAUUGUUUGAAUGAGAAUCUGCUGAAGGGGAUUCUGACUUAGGUCUGUAAAAAAUUAUGUGUAAUCUUUAUGGGCCACUCAGUCUAGCACCAGUUGAUAGCAGCUAAAUGUUUUCCCUUUCUGCUUUAUGCAAAACAGGUUGAUGAUGUUCUUCAGUUAAUCUUGUCUCAAUCAUGAUGGAUGCUGGUGUGCUUGCUUGUAGUCUCAGCACAGACCAAGAGGAGAAUGUCUGUGGAGACCUAUAUAGUCUCAUGCUUGGUGUUGAUGCUUUUGCAACAGCACUGUUUACAAACUGGCAGGGAGUUGCUUGCCUCUGAGGCAGGUGCCUCUCUUUCACAGAAGAAGUGAUUUGUUGGCGUCUUUUCAUGAGCACUAAAAUUCACUUUAAAAUUUUCUUAGUUGAAAGAGAACCAAACUUAAAGGCUUCUUCCUUCUUGGAGGCAGCUUUACCAAAGGGACAACUCGGGUUAUUGUGCUUCAGUGGUGAUUCAAUCUAGUACCUGAAUUUCCUUGCCAGUUUCAAGUCUAGUCAUAUCUCUAAUCUGCAGUAAAGAUGUUCAUACAGGAAUUUUAAUAGAUAUUUGUUCAGUGUUUUUUGGUUGUUUUUUUUUUUUAGUGCUGAUUUAUAAGUCUGAGAAGUGUUCUCUUAUCUCCACCCCAGUGGAAAUGCCCAUCGUUAUAGCAUUGGAAAACUUCCUUGUACAUUUACAUAAGUCAACUGAUAGAUCAUAAAUAAAUCUCAGCCUUAUCUUAAGGCUUGACUUCCACCUGCAAAACACAGAUACAGGACCUGGGCUUUUAAUUGUUGAUCUGUUUGUUAAUUAGUCUUUCUUCAUUAAGAAGGUAACAUGUUUGUUAAGGAGUUUCUUUGAUUAUUUAGACUUGUACUCUGAUUUUUCUAAAUGAAAGAGAAGUUCUGUUUUCAGAAACUUAAGCUGGAUAUGCUUAUUUAAGACAAUGAUCACAAAAAAUUAGGGAAUGAGGCUCUGAAGGUUGAAGCAUUUUACCAUGUCAUAAGCAGCAGACUUGUCCAAAUAACAUCUUGAUGCAUUUGAACGAUACCUGUCUAAAAAAGGCAGACAGGUGUUUAAACAAGGCUAUGAUGCUAACACUGUAUUAAUCUCUGUAAAAGUAAAAAGCUAAAAUAAAUACAAAUAAAAAGUA